AUGGCGGGUAUUAAAGUCAAUGAACAGUUCAUAAAACUUGUUGAACGAGAAGUAUGUUUUCCUUAUUACAGCAUAAUCUUGCUAUCAUUGACUGGAGCAAUUGGUAUUUUGCUCGUUGUUCUUGGCUGUGCCCUUCCAGACUAUGGAAUCUGGUGGCCAUUUUUUGUUCUCAUAUUUUAUCUGUUGGCACCAGUACCAACUAUAAUUGCUAACAGGUUAAGUGAUUCUUAUGGAAUGUCUGGAAAUUCAAAUUUAUGUAAAGAAAUAGCUUUGUUUUUAACAUCAGGAAUUGUACUGUCAGCAUUUGGUUUACCUGUUGUUCUGGCCAGAAGUAAAGUGAUUGAAUAUGGAGCUAUGGCUCUUGUCUUCAGUGGCAAUAUCAUGAUGUUUUGUUCAAUAUUGGCUUACUUCAUUGUUUUUGAAGCUGAGGAUGACUUUGGUUUUUGACAAUGCUUUCCACUGAGUAUGAUAAAAGUUCACAUUUUGUCAAGCACCUCCUUCGUUUAAAGAGAUUGGAAUUCAAAUGUAUUAAUUUUUGAACAAUUGCACAAAUUGUAUAUCUAUAUGUGAACAAUUGGAUAUCUACAUGUGAACAAUUGGAUAUCUAUAUGUACAUAAAUAUCUAAAAAUCAAUACACCAAAACAGUACCGAUUAUAAAAUUUAAUGAAUUGCAUCAAUUGCCCACAAAAUAUAUGUGGCAAUGUUUGUCUUAACUGUUACAUGGACCAAAUCUACUUUAAUUUUAUUUAUGCAAUUUUAUGCUUUAAUUAACUGUUAUACUCACUAAUUAUCUCUAACUACAAUCAUAAUGAAUCAUUAUUUUAUAUAAUUGUGACUUGUAAAUGAAAUGUACGUCAAUGACGUAAUAACUAACGAAAAA